CCCGGCCGCGCGCUCGCGUUCCGGCGCGGCCAUGCUGGCGGAGGGGCCGGCACCGAGCGAUGCGGAAUUGGGGGGUUCUGGGGGGCGCGGCGGCGGCGCUGGCAGCCGGGAUUUAUGUCCUGUGGGGCCCCAUCACCGGCAGGAAACGGCGCCGGAGAGGCCUUGUCCCGGGCCUCCUGAACCUGGGCAACACGUGUUUCAUGAAUUCCCUGCUCCAGGGCUUGUCCUCCUGCCCCUCCUUCAUCAGGUGGCUGGAGGAGUUCACAGCUCAGUACAAGACUGAGCAGGACAAACCCCGGGAUCAUCAGCACCURUCAGUCACUUUGCUGCAGCUCCUGAGAGCUUUAUCCUGCCAGGAGGUGCCAGAGGAUGAUGUCCUGGAUGCCAGCUGCCUGCUGGAAGUGUUGAGGAUGAACAGGUGGCAGAUCUCCUCCUUUGAAGAGCAGGAUGCCCAYGAGCUGUUCCAUGUCCUGACCUCUUCCCUGGAGGAUGAACGGGAUCAUCAGCCCCGUGUGACCCAUCUGUUYGAUGUGCAUUCCCUGGAGCAACCAGAAAUAACCCAAAAGCAAAUAAGCUGCAGGACAAGAGGAUCCCUUCCCCCUGUGUCCAACCACUGGAAAUCUCAGCACCCUUUCCAUGGAAGGCUGACCAGCAACAUGGUUUGCAAACACUGUGAGCACCAGAGUCCUGUGAGGUUUGACACCUUCGACAGCCUCUCGCUGAGCAUUCCAGCAGCUGUGUGGGGUCGUCCCAUGACGCUGGACCAUUGUCUCCAUCACUUCAUCUCCUCAGAGUCUGUGAAGGAUGUCGUGUGUGACAACUGCACCAAAAUCCAGGCAGAAGGAAUUCUGAAUGGACAGAGCAUAGAAAACCAGAGAACAACGUUUGUUAAGCAAUUAAAGUUGGGAAAGCUGCCCCAGUGUUUGUGCAUCCACCUGCAAAGGCUGAGCUGGUCAAACCAAGGCACCCCCCUGAAGAGACACGAACACGUCCAGUUCAAUGAGUUCCUGGUCAUGGACAUCUACAAAUAUCGGGUUCCCAGUCCCAAAUCCAGCCAGGAGCAGCUCAGCCAGAAAAACUCCGAGGAGACCAUGCCUGGAACAAAGGAUGGGAGAGCUGGGAAACCUUCAGAAGCAGAACAACCACUYGGUACCAAACCUCUCUUCAUGAAUGGUGCCUCCUCUUCYUCCUCCUCCUCCUCGUUUUUAAUGUCCCCAGGAGCUUUUCCACUUGCUGCAUUCCCUGAGUGCAGGGCCCCGCUGUACCUGUACCGCCUGAUGGCCGUGGUUGUGCACCACGGGGACAUGCACUCGGGACACUUCGUCACCUUCCGGCGCGCGCCGGGCGCYCGCAGCAGCCAGUGGCUCUGGAUCUCGGACGAGUCUGUGCGCAGGGCCAGCCUGCACGAGGUGCUGGCUGCCAGUGCCUACCUGCUCUUCUACGAGCGUGUUCAUGGCCGGGCCCAGCCGCAGAGCCCGGCCCAGCUCUGAGCCAGGGAUGGUCCCCAGCCCUCGGAUUGGCACCUCUCCGUUAUGCAAACCCCCUGCUCCRGGCUCCUUUCCCUGUGGGAUCGGCUGGGAGUUGUGUUUUGUACCCAAAUCCUGCUGUUCCAGGGUCGUGCAGCCCCAGGUGUGCGUUGAGAUGAGUUUUUCUGCCUUGGCCCCGGGCUCUGUUCCACAUCCUGACACCGCACUUUUUUCCCAGGGAGAUGCUUUAUCCCACACAUUUCACUGCAGGGGGAGCCCUGGAAGGGGUUUGAAUUGGGUUUUUCCCCAAUCCCUCCCCCCAGUCCCUCCCCUGGCAUCUCUCCAUAUGCACCCACAGCCCCUCCCCGUUCCCUUCUCCGUGGCAAUGGCUGGGAAUUGUGUUUUGUACCCGAAUUCCCGGAGCUGUUCCAAUGUCGUGCAGCCCCCACUGUGUGAUGAGAAGCCUUUAUCUGGCAGGCAGGGAUUUUAUCCCAGGGCUCAAUUCCCAAUUUUUCCCAGCGAGGAGCCCUGGGAGGGGGCGAUGGGAAGCUGCUGUUGGCAAUGAUUUAAGACACRAAGUGCCUUGAGCUUCCCCAAACAGCUGCAUUGCCACUGUCCYGGCCCUCUGCACAUCCACUGUGUCCUGGGAAUGCCUCACAAUUGUGGGAUGAGCUCCAUGGAAUCCCAUUUCUCCCCAGAUCCCAACUAAUCCACCCAUCAAGUCAAGGCAUCUCCACAGCCAGCCACGAUCCAAAAGAUUUCCCUGUUCACAUGAUUUCCCCACUCCUUUAGUUCUUUAUAAAGUCCUUCUCCUGAUUUAAAACGCAGUUUGCUUUAUCCAGGAGAUAAUUUUGUAUCUAUUACGAGCUGAAACCUUAAUUUAUUGCUCCAUACCUUUGGAAUAUAGCUGGAAUCAGCACAUGGAAGUGUUUGCUAGUGCUCAGUAUUGUCAUUUUCCUUYAGCACUGUUGAAUACAGUCGUUUUGUAGCAUCAACUACAACUUUUAAUGCUGUGAUUUCUGAGCUGCUGUAACUGUUCUAGACUCGCCCUUCCCAUUUUAUUGCUGGAAUCUUCCAUUCCCAGCAAAGCUCCUGGCUUGCAGGUGAGCUGUAGAGCAGCCCCUGGCCUUGUUAAAUGGAACAUAAACAACAGGGCCAGGACUGGUGAGCACUUAGUGGUCUCAUGAAGAAAUCUGGGAAUCCUGGUGUCAUUGUAUCAGCUCCAGGCUGCCCUGUAAAUAGAAAUAAGGGGAAUUCUGCUGCUUUGGAUUGUUUGAUGUUUAAAAAAAUCCCAAACAAAGCACAGAGGGAGAAGCAGCARAAGUCCUCCUUUAAAAACCUGCUUUUAAAUGACCAGGAAUAAAAUCUGUAGGUUGUUUUUAGCUCUGUCUUUGUAAGCUUGGAGGAGAAAAUCCCUCAUCAGACAAGCUUUUUUUCAGUGUGAAGUUUUCAAAUAAAACCUGUCUUAAAUAGUUUUUUUUUUAGGGCAACUUUGUACCUCAUGAAUUCAUAGUGCUGCCCAAAGCUUGGGAGUGUUCACACUUCCUCAGGAGAGGCUCCAAACCAGCCAAAGCAAGAGUAGCAAAAUGGGUGGAUAUGCAAAAUUAUUUACACAACUCAUCAUUCCAGAGUCUGGAGCACAAUUCCUGCUCCAGGUAAUGCUCACAGUGCAUAAAUGUUGAUAAAUCCACUGCUGGACUGGGUCCUGGUUCCUGGCUGUGCUGCACAAGCAGUAGCUUGGUUUUAAUGUGUUUUAAGUUUAGAAAAAUGUCUAGAAAACCAAGAAAACAAACAAAAA